GUUUUCAACGCCUCUUUUAAACUCAAGCCCAAAAGACCCUGAAGAACACCUGAAUAUAAAACCCACGUACAUGAUACAACUCUAGGUUUAGACGGCUGGUGAGCGAAGGACGGAGAACAUAUUAGGGUUUUAUCUCCAUAACAGCAAGCUCGAAGAACCCUAAUCAUCACCUGCAUCCAGACCGGUUUCAUCAGAUUUACACCGUCAAAUCAUGGGUCGUAUGCACAGUAGAGGUAAGGGUAUAUCUGCUUCUGCCCUUCCUUACAAGCGGACUGCACCUUCUUGGCUUAAGAUUUCAUCUCAAGAAGUUGAUGAUAGUAUUUGCAAGUUUGCAAAGAAGGGGCUUACACCUUCCCAGAUUGGUGUUAUUCUGAGGGAUUCACAUGGUAUUGCUCAAGUUAAGAAUGUUACUGGUAACAAGAUCCUGCGUAUCCUCAAGGCUCAUGGUCUGGCUCCUGAAAUUCCCGAGGACCUCUACCAUCUGAUCAAGAAGGCAGUGGCAAUCAGGAAGCAUUUGGAGAGGAACAGAAAGGACAAGGACUCCAAAUUCAGGUUGAUUUUGGUAGAGAGCAGGAUUCACCGACUUGCUCGCUACUACAAGAAGACCAAGAAGCUCCCACCUGUCUGGAAAUACGAGUCUACAACAGCAAGCACUCUCGUGGCUUAAGUAUCCGACUUUCUUUUGGAUCCUUCAUGUUGUGUUUCAUUUUGUAAUGGAGUUUAUUACUGGUUUCGAUGCAUUAGACUAAAUUAUGAGGAACGUUUUAUUUUGCAUAUCUAAAACUCUAGGUUUUAAGAUUUUGCUAGCACAUUUUGGUAAUUUUAUCAUUGUAAAAGCAUU